AUGCUAAGUAUCAACUAUUCCGACGAUACUGCCCCAGCUCUGUAUGCCAUGUAUGCCCUUUCUAUUUUCUUCUUCUGUUUGCCACCUGCAUAUAGGAAAUUAUACGGCUCCACUUACAUCAUUAAAGCCAGCGUUUCUCAUGUCGAUCUGUUUGCACAGAUAGAGAUAGCCACCGCCGGCGGUCCAGCCCGCUCUCUUCACAGCUACCACCUGAAUCUCCGCGAAAUACUUCGGACCAGCAGCACCGAAUCGACCAAGGCGAAUCCCUAUUAUCUGACAAUAACUGCGCCAAAUAUACCCGAAGAUGGGGUGACUACGGCUGUAAUAUUUCUCUACGCAGCCAAGAGACCUGGGCAUCAAUGCUUGACUAGACAUGGCCUGCGCAAGGGAGGCUCUGGCACCCCAAAGCUGACUCGUCAUGGCAUAGACAGUACAACUACCGUAGCCAAUCUUGACCACCCGUUUGUUCCAGAAUACGGGCUGAAUAUACUCGGGCUCCUACCCAAAAAAGAAGAAGAAAAGAACGCUCUAUCAGCACCUAACCCAGACCACUCGCCAAUAUACUCCUAA